UACAUUUUCGAGAAUGUGACAAGUGGAACAUCACCAAUCGUCCCUGGAGGUGGGGAGCGGGGGGGAGCAGUGAGAGAGUUUGAGACAGCGAUAAACCUCCAUGGCCGAAACCUUGCAAAGGAUCUGCCCCUGUUUAAGUUCCGUGUGGAAUGCAAUCUUCGCCUCGAGGGCGACGAGCUCUGAGGAUGACGGAGGGAAAAAUUUGCCGGAGCCUGGAAAUUCUGCUGUGUCCGAGCCGGGGGAGAGCUGGGGCAGCGUUUACUCGGCUCUGUACGACUUUCGCGCCAGGACAAGUGAGGAACUGUCCUUUCAAGCUGGGGAUGAGCUUGAAAUCCUGGAGGGGGAUGGCCGUUCAUCGGGAGCUUGGUUGUUUGCAAGAAAAAGAACUCGUUCCAAAGGCCGUAACUGCACGGGAUAUAUUCCUUAUAAUUAUGUUGCUAAGAAAGAAAGUGUGGCCACUGAGCCUUGGUAUGCUGGGAAACUAAGCCGGUCAGAAGCAAAAAUGAUUCUUCUCUCCAGCAAGACCAUAACUGGGUCUUUUCUUAUCCGUGAAAGUGAAAAUCAAGAAAACAUAUAUGCAUUAUCUGUACGAGAUGGAGACAUUAUAAGACACUAUCGAAUCAUGCAAAAUAAAGCUGGGACGUUUUGCCUGAAUGCAAACAAACAAUUUUCCAGUCUUAAAGAACUUGUGGAAUACUACAAAUUAAGUUACCUUCGAUCAAACCUCCUACUAACUGCACCUUUUCAGAAAAAACAUCGACCAAAUAUAAGAGAUUUGUCCUAUUUGACUAUGGAUGACUGGGAGCGACCAAGGAAAGAAUUCACACUCACAAAGAAAUUGGGAUCUGGACACUUUGGAGAAGUAUAUGCUGGAUAUUGGAAUAAAACCAUUCCAGUCGCUAUCAAAAUGGUCCAUGUUGGCAAAGAAGGAUUAUAUUUAAAUAUGGACCAACUACUUGACAUGACUGUCCAAGUAGCAGAGGGAAUGUCGUAUUUGGAAUCCCAAAACUAUAUCCAUCGAGAUUUGGCUGCAAGGAACGUACUUGUUGGAGAAAACUGCAUUUGCAAAAUUGCUGACUUUGGAUUAGCCCGUUUGGUAAAGGAGGAUGUAUAUGUGUCUCAAUCAACUACAAUUCCAUAUAAAUGGACCGCCCCUGAAGCUAUAGAAUUUGGCCAUUUCUCUGUGAAAUCUGAUGUGUGGUCCUUUGGUGUUCUUCUUUAUGAAACAGUCACUCGUGGUAAAACACCUUACCCAGGUAUGAACAACCAAGAAGUAGUGAGCAUGGUUUCUAAAGAUUACCGAAUGCCUUGUCCUGAGGAAUGUCCAAGAAAAUUGUAUGAAGUAAUGCUUCAGUGCUGGAACAGAAAAGCACAAAAUCGCCCGUCAUUCAAGGCAUUAGUACAAAUGUUGGUGUCCUUCAACAAUUAUGAAGAUGCUGUUUGAACUGCUGAACAUUUAGAGUAUUUUCUGCCUUUACCUCAGAUUUCCACUGGCCACAAUAUUCUACUUUUAUAUUUUAUUUUAAUUUAUACCUUUUUUUUUCCUCAAAACAAGUC